UCUGGCAUCUCUGGAUGCACCCGGUGCCCGAUCUAAUAACAUUGGUGUACGGUGUACGUGCAUCUUACUUUUAUUGGCGGGUUAAAAAAAGUUUAUUUGACUGACAACCCGAUAUGAUAACAACAUUUUAAAUAACGCAUGUCGAAACCUAUUCUACACUCGCCAAUGACGGAUCCAGAAAAUUUACACGCAUCGGAAUGGAAGAGGCCGGAUCAAGUAAUGCAGUUACAUCGCUUAAAAGUGAAAAAGCGUGCGCUUCAAGCACGCAUAAACAACAUACCUAUUAAUAGAGAAAUUUUGCAAUUGGAAUCUACAUUUGUACCUAAGAAAUGCAACCUUAAUUCUAGUAACUAUGUAACUGAAAAACGUAAAAAUCCUUUUGCGCAAGAAGAAACAAAUAAAAGAAUUGCUAUAUCAUCCUCAGACCUAGAAACUAGUAGUGAUAAUACAUUGUUUGAAUUAUUGAAAAUUCAAGCUCCAAAAAAAGAAACGGUAGAAAAUUCGAUAGCUGACUCUCCUUUGACAUUUUGUAAUGUACUUUCAAAGUUAGAAGGAAACAAGACUGUUCCAAAUCUAGAAACACCAAAAGGUGAAAAAUAUAUUCCGGUAGACUGGACUUUAAAGACCAAAAUGAGAUUUAUGUCUCCAAAACCAUUCCCAUGGAAUUCUAAAUUAAAAACUAGCGAAGAAGCUUCUGGUACGACUGGUUUUGUAAGAUGUUUGGAUAUCAGUGAACAACAUUCAACCUUAGAUACUAGUCCAAAUGCAAGGCUGCACAAAUGUUGUUUAACAUGGCAACAUCCUUCGUUACCAUGGUUAGAAUUAUUUCCUCGCUCUGCUGGCAAAGUGGGUGCUAACUUAACGAGUAAUUUGUCAAUAAUGAAUAAUGUACUUGUCAGAGAUGCUUUAUAUAAAGACUGGAGCGAGAGCUUUAGGUCGCUCUUCCAUUUAUUAAGAGCUCAACAAUGUCCAUACUUUUAUGUUUGUGCAAAUAACUUUACUGUAUUAUUUCGUGCCGGCGGAAUUUGUGGAAUAUCCGAAGCUCAUGCAUUUUUGACUCCUACUACACGGGGUUUUCGACAAUUGUUAAAACAAGAAGAAAUAGAAUAUUCAAUGCCUCUUAGUAAGGAUUUUAAAAGGAGAUCAGGUACAACUGAUUCAGGGUGUGAAACCUUGGAUUCUACUACAUCAUGUUCCACAACACAAUCAAAGAACGUAGAAAACGAAACUCCCGAGGACGACGAGGAUGAAACGCAAGAUGAAUGGUUACAGAGUUUAGGAGUUGAAAAUUCCGAAAUCCUUAGAAUUAGUAAUUCUCAGGUGCGAAUGACGUUAGAAAAAGAAACUGAAGUAGACAAUUUGAAACACUCUCUUAUUUUCGUCAAAGGAGUAGAGGCACAAGGUUUAUUUAAUUUUCUAAUUAACUGUAAAUCUGCUAUUACAAUAACUGGCCCUUUAGCUGGAGUGCCACCAACUCUUUUAGCACCCAUAGCUUUUCAUGGUGCUACAUUAAAACCAAUUAAGGUUAAAGAGAGCAUAGUACGCGUAGAGAACGAAAGGUAUUUUUCGUUGGAACUGAAAGGAGCCCUUUUACCGCAUGUAUUACCUUCUCUUUGCUCUUUAAUGAAAUCUAGUCAGUUAGAACAAUUUUCUGCAAGCUGUGCUCAAUUAUACACAACAACUCCAUUUUCAGCAGCAAAAGAUGGACUCGAAGGAACAGAAUCAGAAAAUGCGACCAAGAAGCCACCAAAUGUAUUCGGUAAAGAGAAUUUGAGCGAUUGCGGAUUCAACGACGAAUUAUUAAAACAUUUUUGCAGCCCAGAUUCAACACAUAUUCAAAUUUUAGAAAAUAUUAAAUUUUCGAAUAAUUUGUAUACGUGGUCUUGA